CUCGGUUGUUUCCGCCGCGGUUCGUCAGCGAGGCGUUGUGGAUGUGGGAAUGCGGUUACCAUAGGGCUGCUGUGGGCAUUGCCGGACACUCCGCGGAGAUGUGCGCAAAGAAACGGGGACCCACCGCGGCUGGCUGGUGUCUAAUCUAACCGGGCUGUUGUCAGGGGGGGCGUGGAUGGGAACUCGAGACGGAGAGGCGUCGCUGGGAACGGGGCAGCAGUGUCUGUACAGCCCCCCUCCAUUUUUCUGGGGAUUUUCUACCUUUGUAGGGGGGAACGAGGGAACGCGAGAGAAGCCAAGGAUUCCCCGGCAGCACCAUGGAGCCACGCACUGCAGACAGCUUGUUUUUCCAGAGUGAAAGGUGACAAUGCAAAUCAUCUGAGCCGGAACUGUGACCUUUUUCCUGGUGCUCCUGCUGCACACAGAAGUGAUAAUACUUAACACCAAGAUUUGAAGUUUGUGAAGCCAACAACGCCAUCAUGUUCUACGGUUCCUCCUCUGGGGCCAGCAUGUCCCUGCCUUCCAAGAGCCGCCUGAAACGCCAGAGUAGAACCUUCACACAGGUCCUGUACCGUACUCUGAGCUACAGAGACCGCGUCGCAGCAGAGACUGGGACAAACACCCGGGGGGACCGGCGCUCGACAACUGAACCCCCAGAGCGCCCAGCGGACGACCCGGCUGAACUCUCCACACAGAGCUCGGCCCCCGGGGUGCUGAAGAUCUUUGGAGACGAAAUCUGCGCCGGUGCCAACUACAAGAGCGUCCUGGCCACGCCGCGCUCCAGUGCUCAGGAACUCGUGAAAGAGGCGCUGGAGCGUUACUCGCUGAACAAGGAUGCGGCCCGCUCCUACGUGCUGUGUGAUGUGAUCGGACGUCUAGAGGGGGGAGGCGGGUGGCGGACCGAGUGCCUGCGAGCGCUUGGGGACAACGAGAAGCCGCUGUUGCUCCAGGAGCUGUGGAAGCCUCGAGAAGGACACGCUCGCAGGUUUGAGCUGCGCAGGAGAGCUGAGGUGGAGGAACUCAACGCCAAGGAGAAGGACACCAUCACUGCUGGGCCCAGAACCCAUCAAUUCUUGGCGGCUCUAAUGGGUCGGUCUGGGCUGGGCAAACACAGGAGCUCCCCUCUGCGGUCUGGUCGGGUGGUACAGUCCGGCUCUAAAGAUAUUAAUGCCCAGGCCCGUAAGCUCCAGAGGAACAGGGCAAAGGGGACGCUGACCCUACCCCGCUCCAGCAAUUCAUCCUUCUGCCGCAGCCUCAGCGAAACCAGCCUUAAUCAGCUUGGAGUGGGAGAGGAGCCCAAGCGAUAUUACUCCACCUUGCCGGGACCGCUGAGGGGCCGAGAACGUGACGGGCCCUCCAGCAACCGGAGGAAAGAAGAGGGGAGUCAGGGUGGAGGAGGGGUGAGACACUCUCUGUACCAGUCCCCCCAUCUUCUGCUGCUGCAGGGAUUCAAUCGACAGGAUUGCCUGGUUUAUCUUCUGAACAGGGAGCAGCACACAGUUGGUCAGGAGACUCCAUCAGCUCGCCCGAAUAUCUGCCUCUUCUCUCCUGACAUUCUUCCCCUCCACUGCCGCUUGCGGCGAGUCCCCGCGCCCCGUCGUCAUACCAACAACAACAUCAAGGGAGACGAUUUGGCAGAGAGUCAGCGUUUCUGCGUUGCUGUUGAGCCUGUGCUCAACGCCACUGUUCUGGUUAACUUUUCCCGCUGCGAGCGCACAACAACGCUGCGACACGGCGACCUUCUCUCCUUUGGAGCGCAUUACAUCUUCUUGUACAAGGACCCCACAGGCGCCAAGCCCCUGCCUGCUCAAACCUUGGCACGGCUACGUACGUUGGGUCAGCUCUACGACUCGGGGGUGGAGGAGGGGGAGGAUGGGACUCAGACUUGUAAAAUGUGCGGCUCUGUGCUGAAGGACAAAGCUGCACAGGUGCUAAGUGUCCCCGCAGUUAGGCGGAGCUUCAAACCACACCUGGUGAAACCUCGCGGUGUGGGAAUGGCAUCAGGGGGCCCACUGCCUCUGUCAGGAGGUGAAACAGCAGGACGAGGAGGAGGCGGAGGUCAAAAACGAAAGCUACAGCUGGAGUUUGACCCAACGCAUGAGGACCAGCUGUUGAACAGGAUUGUCUCUUUAAUUGAACCUGGAGGAGACGACCAUAAGCUGACGCCCGCCUACCUGCUGUGUCUGUGUAUACAACACUCUGCCUCAACCUUCCCUCCUGGGAGUUUUGGCAAACUGCUGCUCAAGAUUGUCCGUCGGAUCCAAACCAUUGCAUGGGAGAAGACAAAGGAGCUGGCUCAGAAGCAAGCUCAGCAUCAGGACCCAGCCUCCUUGUCUUUACUCAGCAUCUCAGACCUGAUCCCAGACUUGCAGACCAUCUUCUUCUGGAUGUCAAACUCUAUUGAGAUCCUGUAUUUCAUCCAGCAAAGAGCGCCGGCCUACACACACAGCAUAGAGACGCUGCAAGGAUCAAAGGAGUCGUUGUUAUCGGCGACCAUAACAGCCAAUGAGGAGGCCAUGACUAUCUUGGAGGAAGUGAUCAUGUACACUUUCCAGCAGUGUGUCUACUAUAUCACUAAGGCUCUGUAUGUGGUGUUGCCAGGUUUAUUAGACUGUAAUCCAUUCCCGGUCGACAGCUCUGAGCCUUGCUGGAAAGGAGGUGUCGGGUUUCCUGAACCCGUGCGCAGAGUUCUGCAGGUGUUUCAGAGUGCACAGGAGCUUCUGCAUGGCUACUUGGUUCACCCUGAGAUCCAGGCUCAGAUGUUUGCUUACCUCUUCUUCUUCUCCAACGUGUCGCUGUUUAACCAGUUAAUGGACAAAGGUCCAGCCCGGGGUUGGUUCCAGCGUUCCAAGGCGCUGCAGAUUCAGGCGUGUCUGCGAAUGAUCAUGGAAUGGGCCGCCAAGUCGGGUCUGGGACAUCUGGCUGAGAAGUUCUUCACUAAACUCAACAGUACUGUGUCCAUAGUGGCUACAUCCCAACAGCAGCUCACACAGUUGAGUUGGCGAGUUUUGUCCAGCGAGCAUCCGUCUCUGAAACCAGUGCAGCUCCACAGGAUUCUCACCCAAUACCAGCUUACAGCAGAGAUAGGCCCUGUCCCAACAUGGCAGCCCAGCAGCGAGGAUGAGGCUUAUAUAUACAGAUCAGUUGACCUCCUGGAGAGCUUUGAGAACCACCCGCCCAUCGUCCUGCCCAGCUCGGGCUUCAGAGUGGACCUGGACGGCGAGUGUGUGGAGGACAGCAUCUACAGACAGCUGCUCUACGUCCGUCACUACCUGUGGGGCCUGAGGACCAAGCCUCAAACCCACACCAGCGCUCCCGGUGUGCACACACAAUCCAACGGGACCAACACAGCCGACUGGCCGGACGUUCAGAGGGAGCUGUUACCUCCGGCCCACAGCAGUCCCCGCUCUGGGGGGGCCGGGGAUGAGAUGACCGCAGAGGAGAGAGGACGAGACAGACCCCCGGGCCAGCCACAAACCCACAGCCUCAGGAGGAACGGCACCGUCCACCAUCCUCGGACAGCGAAUCCAGACCCGUCCUGCCUCCUGACCCCGCCCAACACCCCCCUGUACCCAGAGGGCGCCGCGGCCGGCGGGCCCGCACCCAUCCUCGGCGCCAGCACUCAGAGUAACGGCUGCCUGGGCAGAACUGUAGCAGAAUGUAAAAAGACCAAUGGACUUGUCACAAAUGGACUUGAAGGGUGUAUUAGUGGGUGUGAGUUUCCCUUCCCUGUCUCCUCCCCCGGCGCUCCUUUCCUUGCUGAUGACUUGUGUGUGGUGUUUGUAGUGGAACUCGACAAGGGACCCUACGGACUGGGAAUGGGACUAAUAGACGGCCUGCACACGCCUCUUAAUGCUCCCGGCAUUUACAUCCGGACCCUGAUCCCCGACGGGCCGGCUGCAUCCGACGGCCGACUGAGGAUAGGAGACCGCAUCCUGGCGGUGAACGGGACCAGUCUGAUCGGAGCGGACUACCAGAGCGCGGUGGAUCUGAUCCGUCUGGGAGGGGGUCGACUGCGCUUCCUGGUAGCCAAGUCGGACCCCGAGGUCUCAGAGAAGAUCAGCGCCUCCUCCUGCUGACCGCCGCUCCCGCCGAGGAACUCGCCCAGGACCGCAGAGCGAUGACGCUGACUCAGCAGGGUUCACAUCAUUUACGCUUACAUCAGUUAUGAGAUUUGGGAAUCGCCAUCGACGGGAAUCUUCAUCCGAUCCCUGACGUUUAAAGCACAGCAGAUUCUCCUUCAUCUGUGGAUUUUUUUUUUUUUUUUAAAGGAUUAUUUCCUGCUCUAAUUCCAAAUGUAAAUAGCAUGAUUCUUCUAUUAGCCGUCGCCCUGAAAGGAUCCGUUUCACAUAAACCCAAGAAUGUCUUUCUGGUUUUAAAAAGCCUUUGUCGUGCUUUUGGAGAGGAAUGUUUUAUAAACCCCGUUUGUUAGGAGUUCCUGAAACACCAUCAAACUUUUGUGAUUGAAUGUUUACUUUUUGUACCCGGCUUUGGAUGGAAAACACGAGGGGAACUCCCCAACCUGAAGGUCCUCGCCGAACCUCCCCUCCACCGACGAGUCUGAAUCCUGACUCUGAGACUUUAUACCCGGUAGAGAAGUUCAGCUGUGAUGGAUAUUAUGCAUAAUCUCAGUGCUGGGGUGUCAACGCUGUUAAUAGUUGUAAAUAUUUCAUCAACCAGAUGAACAGGAAGCAAUCUGGGGAUUACUCUUGUUUUGUGAAAUGAAAAAAAAAAAAAAGGAAGACCUACUGAUGGGGAAGUAUUUAUCUAUUGGAUUGUGUACUUUUUUUUUUAAACUUAUUUAUUUAUUUCUACCUUAACUCUGGUUUGUGCAUUACAGAUUUUUUUUUUUUUACAUGCUGCUUCAACACCUACAAUUACAAACAUUUAAACAUUGACAUUUUUAAAUAAAGUUUGUUUCCAGCAUUUAAAAGUGGGAGUCAUCUGACAAAAAAACAGUUGCCUUUGUUGGGCUAAUAAUUAUAAACUUACCUGCAGGAAAGUCAGCAUUCGCUCAUCUUCACCAACUUAAAGACUUUUUUUUUUUUCAAACGGUAAAUAUUUGAACUUCGUAAAAUCAAAUGGGGAAGCUCAGUCUAACAGUUUUUCUCUUAUUUCAGGGUAAAUGCUAUUGCUCAGCUCAGUAAAGUUAAAACCUUGGACGCCUUCAUGGAUGAAGACCCCUGCUGUAUUUAAAGGCUCUGACAGUGUGAGGGUCUGAGGUUCUCACCAACAACUUAGUGGUGUCACAAUUAUUUGCCAGAGGUGCUGGAGGAGUUUUGAAUCUGUAUAAAAUCCUGUAGCGAGGUUUUGGUGUCUUGUUUUGCCGGCGUGUCGUAUCUUCCAUGGAGUGGCAGCAUAUCAUCUGUAGAGAUGAGGGUCGAAGCUAAAAUCCUUUUCAUGGCAGUAGCGUUAUUUUUUUUUUUGCAUGGUGUAACCUUUUUAGCAUAUUACUGAAUCCUGACAUGAUCCUUGGCCUGUUCUCCAUGAGUUCAGGCGUUCUGCUGCAGAAAAUGAGCCCAGCUUUAAUCUGCUCUGUCCCAGACACCUGAGAGCUUCCAGAAACGAAGCGGCUUUGUGGAACCACGGUUUACACCGAGCCUCCAGUCAUCUGGGCUGUUAUACAGAACCAUGUACAUAAUAUCCUGGGGUGUGUGGUGCACGGCAAAACAGAACCUACACACCUGUCAUUGAGUGUGGGAAAUGAGUAUUCACUCCCAUACUUGUUUUGGUGAAAAAGAAAUUAACAGUGCCUGAUUUUUAUGUUUUAAAUCUAAAUGAUUUCCACAAAACACAAAUUGAUUUACGUGUCAGUAAGAUAAGUCUUUGAUCUGCUACAAACGAGCAGCAGUUUUUGCCCCCGAUUAUUUAUUUGUGCGCUGAAGAUUCAGGCUAAAACCAAUCUAAAGCAAAUCUGUCUGGUUUGUUUUUUUUUUCUUGGUCAUUUUUAUGAUGUUGGUAUCGGCCUCAUCAGUAAAACUGGACUGAUGUUAACAGCAGAUGUUUAUUUCCAUUUUGUUGCGCUAUGUUUAGGAGGCCGGCAGGUGAUGCAGUGCAGGAUUGUGAGGUGUUAAACUGCAGCAGAGAAGCAAUUGUUACAUUAAGCCAAAACAUUAAGGGUAUAUAAUAUAUACUGUCAGUCCUACAGUAAUAUUUAUCGAUGUCGGCCCAAAUUUCCACACCUGUACAUCCAGUUUUUAUCUUUUAUGUAUGUCAGUUGUGUCUGGUCUGAUAUUCCUUCACUCUAGAUUAUGACAAAAAUUCAAACCUAGGAAACCAGCAGAGCAUAAAACUCUUAUUUCCACCACUAUAUAAUUUUAAGUCAUAACACCAGACGUCUGGCCGCUGUAUAGACCCUGUAGGUCAGAGUCCUCAGGCACCCUUUGCUCAUAAGGAGCUACAUGACAACACUGAAGUGGUUAACUCAGCCUGGGAAGAUUCUUGGAAGACUUUAGCUGAAUUUCAUAAGAAAAAAAAAA